CCGAGGGACUCGCACAGCUCGACCUCAGAGGACAAGGAGUGCAUGAUCUGCCUGAGCGGCUUCAGGACGGGGGAGAGGAUCCGGAUGCUCCCUUGCCUGCACACCUUCCACAAGCUCUGCAUAGACGAGUGGCUGCAGACCCACGAGCAGUGCCCCCUCUGCAUGCAGAACGUC